AUGCAGGAAGCGCAAGAGCUGCCCAUGCCAGCCUCUGGCGACAUAUUCACGGUUCGCGGCAAAUUGACAGUGACGAACGCAGCCGCCAACAUAUUCAUCAUUCAUGACCGAAGCUUUGUUGAAGAUUCAUCUUCGCCUUCAAGUUUCUCUGUCGAGUUUGUGAUGGGCAACGUUUACCACAUAGACUCUUCCCUUCUUUCUCCCUCGCGAUGGGGCAACACUAAGGUGCAUGGCAACCUCGUCAAGGGCCUAGGGCUUCAAACGGACGGAUUAAAAAUGGGCGACGUCUGUAUUCAUACAGUCUACGAUGAUAUUGUUUGCCUUAUUGCGAACCAGCUCGGUGCCGGCUGCACGAUUGGUUCUGUCGCUGGCAACCUUGUGACAGUGUCCGAUUUGGCCCUGGACGAUGAACUCACACUACCCGAAAACAUCACUGUCGCCUAUUUUGCCGGACUCCGUUUAAGGGAGACACAUUUGGCACAUGGUGGAGGUCUUCAAAGGGCCUAUUCAGCCUGGACUUCCAUGAAGUUCCUUCCGUUCCGACAGCAACACACUUCCGGCAACAGCGAGACACUGCCCCAUGGUUACAUUCAUCACCUGACUGAAAACGAGGAUCUACCUGCUAUGCUGUCACAUCCCAAAACAAGCCAACCGAUAUCCUCGCAGAUGGGAGCUACGAGGCAACUGCAGCAAGCAAUCUCCGAGCGUGACCAUGCUUUGAAGGAGCUCUCCAUUUUAAGACAGCAAACUUUGACAAGGGUAGAGGGGCCACAGACUUGUGCUACGCAUGAUUCUGACAGUCACGAUAUUGUCUGCGGUAAUUGUGCGAGAUUUGGCCAUCAAGUAAAAGACUGCAUCGGCCCCAUAGACGACAACGGCUUCAUCGCGGCAUGCCCGGUUUGCAACACAAAAGCCCAUGAGUUUGAUCAAUGCCUCCAACUGAAAGCAAACAGUACGAGUAAACGAAAGAGGCUGGAUAUGCGUUAUCACUAUUUGGUUACCCAACGAGCCAAAAAAGCGCCCAUCAAGACCAGUAUUUGCUGGAUUUCCGUUUGGGUCACAAAGGGCAUGCCGAUGAGGUUGCUCCCUAUCACGAGACAAUUCGCUCUUAAACUGGCGCGAGAAGAUGUAUCAGUACCUUAUCCAGCCUGGCAAACCUACAAUUACGAUGGGGCAAUCAAUGAUUACCAAAACGAUUUACCCCAAGAUCCGGAGACGGUUCUGGAGCCAGGCAAAGUAUGCCAGUUGGUGCCUGGGUCUCAAUGUACCAACACGGGUGCGACAUAUUCCAAAAUAAAGAGAAAGCUGCAAAAAGCCACUGUUGGUAAAGGGUCUACAAAGUCAAGAAGCUCAACUAAGUCUAAGAAGAAACUGAAACGGAUGAGGCAUCAUGCGUUACACUUACUGGCGGACGAGCCCAAGGGUAUGGCUCAAGAAGAAGUUGCAGCUAUAAGGGGACAAGUCACUGGUGCCAACUCGAUUAUUAUCCAACACCCAUUACCGUCUUUAAUAUCUUCGGGUAGGACUGAGACUGUGGAGGUCAAGAAGGAACCUUCAAAUUAA